UUUUUCUGUUCUUUAUGAUGUAUUCAAGAGUUUACAUAUAAUUAUUUUAUUUAUUGUGCUUCAGAGUUCAGUAUCAGGUUUUGGCAUAGAUCUUAAUGUGAUUUUUAUUAUAGAUACGUAAAAUGAUUAAACAAGUAUUUAAAUCAUUUCCGGAUAAUAAACCAAUAUCAGGAUUAUGCAUAGUAGAAGAUAUUACGAAAUGCCCAACAGGAUAUAAUCCCAUAUCAAAAACACAUGACCAAGAUUCAGACGCUGAUUUACAUAUGCAGUCAUGGAAAGAGUCUGUAUUUAUUGGCAGAAAAAUUACAAGAUAUUUAUGCUUAUCUAAAACAGAAGGGAUUUCAGAUUACAUUGUAGUAAAUAUAAAUAUAAUAAAUGAAAAAGAAUGUCCUCCUGAUGGCUAUUGUUUAAUUCCCAGAACUAUUGACAGUGAUCAAAAAGCUUGGCGAAAACGUCAACUUUGUUACAAAUUAACUAGGAAAAGUCAAGCUACCUAUGCAAUUACUGAUAUUAUAUUGUUAAGUCGAUCAAAGAAAGCACCAGAUGGUUUUAAUUUAGUUGGGGAUUUAAAUGGCUUAACACUUUGUUAUAAAACUAGUCCUCAAUCUCCAGAUAACGUGCCAUUACCAUCACUGACUUAUGGAUUGACACCAACGUUGUCAACAGAAAACAUUCCAAAUAGUAAUGGGUCCUUAAGUUCACUUCCCAGUUUAGAAUCUAGUGCUAAUGUAUUAUCUCAUGAUUAUGAUCGACUAAUGUCAUUAAAACCUACACGGCCAGCACCAAAAUUACCUCCAACAUAUUCAUCUUCUAACUAUUCGACAUUAAAUUCUUAUCAAGGGUUAGAAGGUAUUCCAUUUAUAUUGAAUCAAAAUAUUUCUAUGGAAAAUAAGUCUAUUUUUAAGGAUAUACCAGAGAUUAAAAAAAAAACAGCCGAAGACCUUGAUUUAGAAUACAACUAUAGUUUUGAACAAGAACGGCAGGUGUGAUUUCCUACUUAUUUUAUAAAUUGUAAGUUUGUUACAAUUUUUAAAACUUAAAAUGUAUUAAUUUAUAAUAUGUAUGUUUCUAUACAUAAACAUACAAUGUAUUUAACACAUAAUUUUUUCAUC